ACGGACUAAGGCUCUUCCCCCCGUCUAAAAUCCAAUCAAAGCACAGUUAAAGUUGUACGAUUGUCCCUCUAUUGUUAUGCACGAACCCUCUAUUCUUCCUGAACUGACCACUGGAGCGAAAGCAAGAGUUGUUUUGUUGACGGACAACCGUUAGUUAAUCCCAUUCAGGGACUUUCCCUCAAAUCAUCAGCUCUUUUACACCACAUCAGUGCCUCCUUCUGCUCGGGGGCACGGAUGUCUCCUGAAUAUGUAAUGUGAAGAGUGUCAGAGGCUAGAGAAGGAAUAUUAUAUUAACAUAACGCUGGUUAUACUUCAUCACUGACCUGAAACUAAAGCGAAGGAAACCAAAGAUCUUAGCGGCAGCGACAUCAAAUUGGAUGGAGAUUUAAAUCAAUCAACCUGCUUGUAGCAUUAAAAUAAUUUCAUUCUGUAACGUUAUGUCGGCAAACAUGGAGGAAGGGAAAACGGAUAUCGAUGACAUGAAGAGCAACCUUCAUCGUCUAAGAAAUGAACUGAAUUCCUUGUGGCAGUCAGAUGAAGGUCUCCACGAUCAGAUGAAUUCAGUGAUCGGUGCUCUCCAGGAGCUCAAACUCUUGCAGGUCCAGACGGCACUGGAUGAACUGGAGAUCUCCAACCAAACCAGCCAGGCCAAUCCAAACACCAGCUCCAUGCUUGAGCAGAGAAACCACAGCUCAAGAAGAGCAGCGCACAAUCCAGAAGAAGCUCUCGCACAACAAUGCUUCAACACUCGCCUCACCAUGGAACCUUCUUUGUUCCUCACAAGUUCUCCAGCAGAAAUUCGCCAUAUUCCUAGAACACAUGGACACAGAAAGAUUCACAGAGGUAGCUUAAGCACUUCUUCAUCUUUUUCCUCUCAGGAAGACUCAACCGACAGCAAUUCCUCCUCAUACGCCAUUGACGACCCCAGCGAUUGGACUGCUUCACUGAUGAACCACAGCAGAAACAGACAGCCAUUAGUGUUGGGUGACAACGUGUUCGCAGAUUUGGUUGGAAACUGGUUGGAUUUGCCAGAAGUUGGAGGCCAGGAUUCAAUUGAGGAGGAGAACAACUCGAACUUCAAAAACUCAAAUUCAGAGUCCUCGUCUAGCACUCAUUCCCAGCAUCUCUCCAAGAAACUCUCGCUAACUGCUAGCAUUUUCAAACGGGUUUUGCGUCGCGUUCGACCACAGCACUACCAAGAAAGCCAAGAGAUGGAUGUAUGUAAACAACCAAAGGUCACAUGCAGAAAGGCCAAAACAGAUGCCAGCAAGCCAUUCUGGGGGAGAACAAGAGGAAUGAAGAAGAAAACCACGCCCAUUCAGCAGGAGGGUGUGGCUUGUCAGGGUUCAGAGGGUUUGAUGGACAGAUGGGUGGAGAUUGUGGAGAAGCAUCCACCUGUGUUUGAUUACAACUCAGCUGUUUGGGUGUAAUUCUAAAUGGAAGCGAUUAAGUGUUAUUGGCAUGCAAUUAGUGGACAUUCGGAUUAAAAUGUUUGUAAAUGCAAAUUGUCAAAACAUUUACAUAAAGGUUAAACAUUUGAGUCAGGUAUUAAUAAUGGAUUCAGGUUGGAAACAACAUCGCGAAAUACAGCAUAUUGAAUAAAAACUACUCACUCAUAAUAUUUCUUCCAAAUUUCAAAUAAAAAAACUUUUUUUCACCUCAUAUGAUCAUUGGUCAAAAUAACAAACGCAACUAUUUGUUGGGAUUGAAUUUCUGGGUUUUUCCACCAAAUACAGCAUUUCUAAAUUAAAGCCUUGAUACUUUAUUUUUAGUUAUUUUGACCAAUUGUCAUUUUAUGCUUUAAAUAACAUUUUUAUUUUAAAUUUAGAAGACUUUAUUAACAGUUUUACCAAAACACAAAACUAUCAAUUGUAGAAACAGAAUAUUCUCAUUUGCCCUAUUGCUCUACAUCUAGAUUUUUAGAUUAACUACGAUAUUAAAUUAUUUAUAUUAUACUUUUUUUUUUUCAAAACUGACACAACUCUUAUUUCCAAAACUCAUCAACCUACAUGUCAUACAAAAUUGAACAUUUCUUACGACUUCGCUUGGCCAUUGCUGAGAAUAUCUUUUUUGACUAUUUAACUUGAAAGAUAAAAGAUUUUAAGUCCAACACUCCAGAAGCUACUGAUUCCAAAGACACCAGGAAAAGCAUCUAUUUAUUUGUGUUAGAGAGAGAAUUCUUUGGAUUAAAACAAGCAUGACAAAGAAAACUGAAAUGUGUUUUCAGUUUGAGUUUAACAACCAAACCUACUGUUUCGGUGAGGUCUCUUGAGAACCUGAACAGUUUCUGCUGAUGCUGGUUUCCAUCAGUUUAGGAGAUUACUGUUGAUCACUCAAUGAGAAAAAAAUGCUGAUUGGUGCUGUUUCUUUUUUUUUUUUGCACAAAUGUCUUGUUUGGUAAAAUCUUUGCAUGCAUACACUUGCUUUAUGUUUAGGAGAAACCUAUGCAAUGACUCUUGAUUGCUAUGCAAAAAUGAACAAAUGCAAAUACCUGCCUGAUUAAUGAGCAUCUUCAUAUUUUGGUUGUAUGUGUGGGUCAUGUAAUAAUUGCUAUACCUAUUUAAAGUGUUACGCAAGACACUGUUUUUUAAAUAAAGAAAAUAUCGAAUCUUUAUCAAUUUC